GUUUGCUGGGCUACACCAAGAAACCCAGGAGAGGCUCAGGAGCUCAACAGGAGGGGGAGUCCAAAUGUCAAGGAACUAGAGUUCAACUGAGAUGCUGCAGUUACAUCUCUUCAAAAAUGGAGUGGAGCUGAUCAUGAGACAGCUAUACAGAGGCACGAAUAAAGGAUAACAUCACAAUUUCUGCACGUGGCUUAAAAAAAACAGAAGGUGGACAAAGACGGGUACAGCUGCUAGUUUUAUAAAAUGCCUGUGGAGACUUUCCAACGCCCAGUGAAGCAACCAGCGAGGAGCGUUAAAACUGCUACACCCCCACGGUUGCGGCCCAAGGGGCCAGUGGGGCCAGACCUCUAUCGGCAAUGCCCGACAGCAGAGAGCAGACCAAAGCAGAGUGCAGUGGAGAGGCUGGAGGCAGACAAGGCUAAAUAUGUCAAGAGUCAGGUGGCUCUUUCUAAGCAGCGGCCACUAAGGCCUCCUGAAGUGGGGAAGCCUCUGCUGAGCCCCGCUGCUGCCCUGCGGCCCACCAGGAAGACACCGACCCAGACAAAAACAAAGCAGGAGGGAGUCCAGCUCGACCUGGAGCACCUGAGUAAUCUCAUCAGUAAUGUGAGUGAUGGACCCCAGUCCAGUGCCACUGUAAGCUCAGAGUACAGUAAAGAUCCUGAUUGUGCCGCCACUGCACACAGCUCUCCUCGCCCCACACCUGUAGGGGCACAAGAGAAAAAAGAGAGGCCGUGUCCGCCUCCCUGUCCUGACUGGUCCAGUCCUGCUAAGGUGAGAUUAAAAGCCUCUGGACCUAUAGAGAAUCCAGGCUCUCCUGGGUCUCUGGCUGCAGGGACGGUGCGCAGAGUGGACGUCAUGCCUCAGGCCAGCCCCGUGAGGACAACCUGCAGACGGCCUCAGUUCAUCCGGCAGCCCCUUCGGCCCAUACCUUUACAUUCCCAGUUUCCACUCCGCCCGGCUGCUUCGCACCUGCGUCUCUUCCACCCCAGAACAACACCAGCCUCUUCUCCUCUGAAACCUGUUGUUGCCCCAUUUAAACCUGACAACCCUCCCUCCUCUCCAGCUGGAUCCCCAGUCCCUGCUCCACCUCCCCCUAGCUUCCCUGUUUUCCCUCCUCCCUCCCCAGCGAUCACCCGUUUAUCCUCCUCCAGCUCCAGGAAACGCCCGUCUCUGACCCGGUCUAAAUCAGACAUGAGCGACAGGUACUCCAGAGCUGGGACAGAGCUGGAGCGCUUCUUCAACCUGUGUGGUUUGGACCCUGCAGACCUGCAGGAUUUGACUGGAUCCAGUUCUGACAUUGUUUCCCUCGCCCGUUUUCGCAGUGUGAGCGCUCCGGGGUCUGAGUGUGCGGGCUCCGGUAGAGAAGAUGAAGAAGAUGAGGAGGAGGAUGCUGGCAACGUCGCAGAGCGAGUCCCCUACGGUGUUUCUGUCAUUGAGAGAAAUGCAAGAGUGAUCAAAUGGCUGUAUGGACUCCGUCAGGCCAAGGACAAUGCAACCAAGAGCACCAAUUUAUAGGAUGGUGUAAAAGAUUUAAAACAAAACACAUGUAGUGAUGGGACCCCAUGAUCCCCCCAUGAAAUGAUGGAUGCAAUUUUUCUGCCAAGUAAUUCACUCUGAGUUGUUUUGAUUGGGGUUUUUGUUUGUUUGUUUCUUUAUAAAAUUAGAAAUUUGA